UCCGGCCGGCCCGCAAAACGCGUUUGCUGUUCGGGGGAACUCGUCCUCGUCAACCGCCCGUGGCCGCUCAACAUGCCCAUCCCUCCCACCUUCUUCGCCAUUGCAACGCUCACCCGCCUGUACCUUGGCGUCUUCGAGUUUCCUGACACGAGGACCCUCCCGCGCGCCGCGUCAUUCCCACACCUCCGCGAGCUCGGCCUCUGCUGCGUGGGGAUCCUGAGGCGGGAGGACAUGGACUUCGUCCUCACCAGGAGCCCUGUGCUGGAGAUCCUAUGCAUCCAAGUGAACAUGCUGGUGAAACACCUGCUCCUCCUCAGCCGCAGCCUCCGGUGCGUGCAGAUCAUCGAAAGCAUUGAUCUGAGCAUCACAGUGAAAGACGCCCCGCACCUCGAGAGGCUCGUCAUCUGGGCAGCAUCGGUCCGCGAUGACUUGCCCAGGAAGGUCAAGAUUGGCCAUGCCCCUGCACUAAGCUUGCUUGGCUAUCUGGACCCGGAACGGCACAGCCUAGAGAUCGGCAACACCGUCAUCAAGGUUGGCGCCAUCGAAUGCGUGCAGUCACAUAUGAAGCUGAUGGUCUUCUACGGCUUCCGAGGGGAGCGGGGCGAGCUGUCCUUCCUCAAGUUCGUCCUGGAGAGCGCACGGGCGCUGACGAAGCUGGUGAUCGUGUUUACCAAGGGAAGCUUCACCUCAAUGGCUGAGGCCAGCUCCAAGGUGAAACCUCUGUUUGCUGCAAAAUGGGCCAGCAAAAACUGCUCACUGGUGCUCUUGGAGAGUGUAUUUCAAGCAGGUGAAGACAAGUGGUUGCUCAACUUCAAAGCUGGAUCUGAUUUCUCUACAGGGGACCCGUUCACGCGCACCGCUGCUCUUCGUGGCUGCAACUUUUAAGGAGAAGCCGGGUGUUUGCUGAAGAUUGGAAAGGUGUUCUGAGUUUUCUACCUUUUGUGUUCAUCAGGUGAGCUAUGUUGCAGUCUCCGUGCAAGCACCGUUUUGGAUCGUUGGCUUGUGUUUUUUGGUCAGAGUUCCUGGUUUUUGUUUGCCUGACGAUCUUGAGAAUUUGAUGCAUAAGACAAGUGUUGCUCAAAUGCAGUCUCUGUAUGGUUUAUUUAUUUUGCUUUGGCCUGACGUUGGUCAUGUUAGAACUCACUAUUUCUGCUGAUUGUGUCGCUGAAUGCUGGCAGACAGAGAUACAUUCGUGAGCUGUCAUGUUUUACUAAUUUCCUUUGGCAUAUUCCAUGAAAUGUGUGCUCCGUUUGAUGUACCCUGGUUGAUUGUGCCCGUCUGGAAUGUUAAAUAAUCAUCAAAACUCAGCUA